AUUAUUUACAGACCGCUGUCAUGUGGCUGGAAUAUUGCUGAGUGUGGCGUUAAACAAAAAACAAACAACUCUGUAGAUCAUGAUAAUCACGUACUUAUCGUUAGGUUCGGCACAUAUCAGAACAACAACUCUAAAGAAAAUAAACGUUAAUUAAAGACUUAUAAAUGAAAAUUAUUCUAUUCAGUGUUUAUAAGGAAAUCAAUAAUUAUAUUUACACUGUUCAUGACAGCUGGGUUUCCGGCCUGGGCUUGACAGCACAUAUAUUCAUCCGCUGAUCGGUUGUUUGUGUGUCGUUGGCCCCCUAGGUCCCAGACUUCCACAAUGGCGUCCACCUGUCUCGAUUUCCACUCACCAAUUCUCUUCGUCAUUCUGGUGGUCGGCAUCAUCACUGGCUGUGUGGUCACCCUGGCGAGCCUCCUCACCGUGGGGAUUGUAAGGGCCCGCAACAAAGAACGCAGAGUAGAAUCACGAAGAGCGUCUCGAAGGAUCGGAAGUAAACAAUGGCGGGCCGUAUUGUCCGAUCCGAGAUCACAACGAGUCGGUACGGAAACGUCUCAAUGUUUACCCGUGGCGCUCCGAGGGGAGGCAACUCCCGACCAAGUUCGCUUCACGCCUGGAAACGACUGUGGCGACCAGAUUGAGCUGUGCUCUUUGGGGUAUGAUACUCUUGACUACUGGCAACAUCUCACAGCUGAUGCCAGUACGCUAGGUGUUGCUGGACAUAACCAUGCCUAUGAUUAUGGAGGGGGCAGUAUAGAUGUAACAGCUGCUUCUGACUUCUGACACCUACUCCCAUCUCUUAAGAAAUGGACGAUUUCCAAAACGAACAGAAUCUUACAUCGAGCCCUCUGGACUAUACAGUGAGACGGGAUCUUCUGAGUACACUUGCUGAGUUAUUCGAGGUCAUGGACGUUGAAGAGCGUUCUUAGGCCAUCUGUGACCUUGACCUUUACGGCGCGAACACCAACUGUCAUCAUUGUGGUCUUGUGUACUUUGGCCCGACUCUCCAGGACAUCCAUUGAACAGUGUACAUAUUUGUGAACAAAUUGAAGCAGAAUAAUUUUUUGCCGGUAUAUUUUGGAGCAAAUUAUUGAACUUUCAAACUAUCCCAGCUCCCACGUCCCCGAUUAUGAAAUGGUCGGACCCCAAGGUAAUGACGUGGGCAGGACAUGCUCUCCCUUGUCGCGAACACCUGGUGUCAUCACUGAU